AAACACAGUUACAAGUAACUAUAUUUUAAAAUGAUUUAAUCAAAUAUAGUAAUAAAAUAACAAUUCAGACAAAGGAAACACUUUCAAAUAUAUAUUUAUAUUUUCAAUACAAAUUAUGAAACUAAUACUUAAAGCAGACAAUGUAUACAGUAUAUGUAAUAACAAUAUUUUUGGUGUUUACUGUAUUUUGUUGACCUUCAAAUAAUAAUAGGACAACAAAGUUUGUCUAUUAAGAAGAGGUCUCACUUCAACAUAAACCGUAGAAGUGCCCAUUUUUGGCUAAAACAUGUUUAUUCUUCAUUCAGUGACGUUAUUUACAGUGAAUAAAUUUUACUCGAGCAGUAAUAAUAUUAUUAAUGUAAAACUAAACAGUACAUCUACUCCUAAACGUUAAUUGGCCUGUGAUUAAAUAUUUCUACUGUAUCAACUGAAGGGUUGGUUGCUUGGGAAUUGGAAGUUAUUAUUUGUAUUUUGUUGAUUUUUUCCAGAAAAUUAAUAUUAUCACAGUAAAACCUAUAAAAAAAAAAACCAACAGACCCAUUUAGUCAUUUCCUGUUAAAGUAAAAGACAAAAAAAAUCAUCUGUUGGUUGACUUUUCUAUACCAAAACAUUUGUUACUCAGUGGAAAUCAAAUAAAUGUAGUAAAAUUUCAUUUUGUACACUGGUGUAGAUUUUAAGUGGUUGAAUAAAAAGCAACAGGACUAUAGUUAUAGUCAACAAUCACACACACCAAUUGGCCGGUAACAUCAGUAAUCGGAUUUAAUGGACGAAUGAUUGCUCUGACCGUAACUUACUCUGAUACUUCCUGCUUUUGUUCAGAACUGACGAAACCUUCUGGAUGAGUAGUGAAAAGUCUAGUUGCCCUUUAUUUGAGGAUUUGUCUUUAUUGUCUGUUUUAUUUUUAUUUUCGAGUGUCACCAUAUUUUUGAAAUUUUGGGGUUGUCAAUGACAACCGUGGGAUGGGUUGUAAUAAAAUAAAGUGAUGACAAUUGUGGCUCCAACUGUGAAACAAAGAGCUUAAUGGAAAUGCGUCAAUUUAUGAAAAAACUCACAUUUUCGGUAAAACGUUUUUGCCCCAGCAUGAGGCAGUUUCUCAGUUGUAUCAAAAUUAGUGUAUUUCACAAAACUGCAAUGGAAACACUUUUUUUUGAGUCAUGAUCAAAAAUUGGAUGUUACUACUGGUGGAAAUGACAAAGAAGACGACAGGAAGUGGUAGAAGGAAGAUGGUGUGGUAUGAUUUUUAAUGACUUAUUGCAUGAUUAAAGUUAUCCAGGUGUGAAUUUUAUUGCACUUUUUAUUUAAUGGAAGCACUGUAAAUUGUGGAAUUGUGUUUUUUCGACAUUCGUAGAAUAUUAAACUUUUGCGCAGCUUUUUCUGCUACUAUGGAUUCUUCCUAAGGGUGAGUGGUGGUAGUUGUGCUGCUUUACCUGCCGUCUGGCUGCUCCGGAUGUCAUUUUGUUCCUGCAUUAAGCCUCAAUGUAGCCAAGCUUCGUCAGGUGUUUGUUUUUUAAAUGCCAUAUUAGAUUUGUUGCGUUGAUGCAUUUUGACGUGCUUCAACCCCGAGGUAAUUUUCUGCCGCAACACGCAAACUUCCCCAUUCACUCAGAGCGUUAAAGAGUGAAGGAAAGAGGAGAUCAGAUGCACACGCAGGCUGCGAAGUGAGAUAAAUGUGAUCGGCACACCUCUAGUUGAAUUUGAAGAAUUUUCCAAGGAAGCGAUGAUAAAUUAUCUUUACCAGGAAAUCCUUGAUCUAUUCUGAGGUCUAAAAUAUCUUUACAGUAAGAUUUUCAGAUGACAAUCAUAGCAAAGCUAAAAACCUGGUUCAUACCUCACUGAGUUCUUUCCCCAAUCCGUCAAUGUGAAUCCAGACUCCUUAGAGAGUAAGCCAAAUUCAGCCACUUGUAUUUCCAAUCUCUAUGUUUCAGUCACAUUUAGGCUCAAGGCCUUAGGUGAGAAAUAGUGUCAAUCAAAUGGUAAAGUUAAAGAUUUUAUUUUAACGCCGGGUUUUUCUUCAACAUUACAUCUCUUAGGCAUUGCACAGCCAUUUUCUGUGGACAAUCAUGAAAAACAUGUUACAAAUGAGGGACAUGGAUGUAUAUUAGCAAUAUUUAGAUGCCAGGUAGCUUCUUAAAGUCAACUACUUUUCACCUUUCACCACAUAUGGAUGUUUUUUAGACCAGUGAUCCCCAAAGAUGUUCCUUGAACUCAUGAUCCUCCAUAGUUUAGAGGUGAUUAAAAUAAAUCUACUUUGCAUGUAAUACGUUUGUAAUAAGAUGACAGUUAUUUAAAUCUUUUGUAUGGCAACAUUAAAAACUAUAAAACAUCCUGGACAGAACAGUGACCCAGAAAGUGAACAAACACUGAAGUGUUGGUAGUCCCGUUUCUGCUGUGCACCGCCAUUUUGAAUAUCAAGAGCUGCUCACUCAACACUGGUUUUGCAAUGUGAUAUUUCUAAUUUUGGAAGUCCAUAAGCAAAUGGGUGCUGAAGGGGAUGAGAUCAGGUAUGAUUUCAGUACAAUCGGUACAUGCAGUAGUAGCGUUAGCAACACUGAAGGGCCCAGUGACGGUGGUGAAACCCCAAGAAGAACCAUAUUCCUGUAAUCAGUUCAGAUCGAGGCAGGUCCGGUUUCAGCCAUUGUAAAUUGGUAAAAAUAUGUAGGGAAAUGGCAUUUUUAAAUAACGUAUUACAGAAUUUAGAAAUUUUAAUUACUUUGUGUUACUUAAAUUUUUUAGUAUUGGGGAAAUUGAAAUGUAAUUUGUAUAAGUCCAAAAAAAUUUAGAAAGACAGGUUGUCAUUGUGUGUCCCAGCUUUUUCACUUGUCUGUAUGGAUAUUGAAUAAAAGUGGGUUGAGAACACCACCUUAAGGGAACUCCACAUUCAUUUUUAUAUUUGCCAGGUGACACAAGGUUUUGAUCUGAGAUAUGAACCAUUCAAACAUAUUUCCAGUGUCAAAUGCAGUACUGAGAUAAAGUAAAAUCAAGACAAGUUUUUCUUUUGUUAAAAUGUACACUAAUAAACCAAUCUCUCACUCCAGCUGCAGGAGUUAAUAAACCUUUAAAAGAGGCUCAAAAGUCCAGAAUCUAGAAACCAACCUAGAAGAAACUUUUUCAAUCUUCUUUUUUUCAUGAAGGAUUAAAAGGGUGUAAAAUUUGUGCCAAUAUCUUAGUUUUAUUAGCCUCGAAAUUGCCUUUCUGCUUGAUUCUCAUUUCCUCCAGUUCUCUGUCUGGGAUUUCUCCCAUUGAGCUCAAUUUCUCCAGUUGUUUACAUUAAGUUUCAUCGAGCUAGCACAUUACAUAUGGUCACAGACAAAUGUUAGCAAUCGGGUAAAAUCAGAUCCAAUUGUUUAAAAGUUCGACAGUGUUUACACCUCCGGCUAGCAAUCGUUUCUCAAUAGCUAACGGUCAAGAACAAACAAAAUUUCUGAUUUAGUGUUUACGGUUUUUAAUUGUCUCAUCAUCUUUAGGUUUUUAAACCAAAUACCCCAACACUAAGUAGCAGCUUUAGUUUUUUAGAUAAUUUUGUUGCUCUCCUAAACAUAUAAUCUUGCCAGCAGAUUUGUUGAACAGUUUCUGGUAUGAAAAACACCCAGAAAUAGGAUGAUUGACUGUGAAAGUAAUACUGUGAAGAUCACACAUUAAAAACUGAUUUAAUCUUGGCUGAGACAUUUAAUCCUCUCAGGUGGGUGUUAAGGAGAUUGACAUAGCAAAGAUGUGAGAUUAGUUACCUCAAGGCUAAAAAAUUUAAUUCCUGAAGUCUUUCUGAGCCCUGCCAAAGCAUAAAAUCUGUCUCCUGUCAUUAUUCUUGAUUUUUUUUCUGUAUUCUUUUAGGUGGAGGUGUCAACAAUAACAAGCACACAUACCCCCAGAAUUACAGCACAAAUCCAUCACCAAAUCACGUGUCUCUUUGCCCAUAGAUAAACGCUCAAACGUAGCAGCUGCAGCUAAAUUUAGAUGCCCAUCAGGUCAACCAAACAAACACUCCUGACACAGAGCCCCAAAGAUUAAAAACUCUUUGCAGCUAAUAAAAGAUAAAAAGAACAUGAGCGUGGUUUUCACUUCAACGAGAAUGUAAUGUACUGGAUUUUGAAGAAUAUCCUACGACAACUAAAACAUGCAAACUCAUUUGGUGGGGUAUCAAAAUUCACAUUUAAAUGUCUCUCAGCAUGUCGUGUUUUCAUAGUUAAACCCUGGCAGUAGCUGGACAUUAAUCAGAAACAUCCAUAAACAUGCUGGGAAGCUUGUAGGCGUUGUGUAUAUCCCUCCCACCGCCUCUCUUCUGCUGCAUAAAAAUAAUACAGUGACAUCCAUCUUUGUGGCUCUGAAGCUCUGCAGGUCGGAGAGAGGUUAAAUGCCUCCCCAAAGGGGACAGGAUUAUCCUAAUACCAACAGCAACGAGCUACUUUUGACACCUCAGAGGAAAACCCUCAGAUUUAAUGAUGUGGAACAGUUUUAAAACAUCCCAGAUUAAGAUAAACUCAAUUUCAAAAACUCUUGGACAGAGUUUGUACAAAGUUUAUUUUACUCAUCACAAUGAGUGAAGAAUGGUUAUAAUAGUUUCUCAUUAUACUUUAGUUUCAUUUCAUUGUGACUUUUUGUCCAAUUUGGUUAGCUUUAAUUAGUUUUUAGAGUGUGUUUGCUAGUUUUUAAUAGUUAAUAGAUACAUAUUGCUUAGUUACAGUAGUAAUUUUAGCUUUUUCAUACUUUUGAUAACUUUUAGGUGCAGAAUUCAAAAAGUCAAAGUAUUGUAUUGUGAUUAUGUCUACAUUGAUUUGGUAAUGGAUACUCAACAGAAGAUACCAAUUUAAAAAACAUAUAUUAAAUUAUUGUUGAACAACCAACUAACUGCCGUUUUUUCCCAACUUUUACUGUUGCAAUUUUGUGGACUAGCUUAAUUUGAUGGCAGCUAACGUCAGCUGCUUAUUUGAGGAAAAUUUUUUAUUUCAAAUCAGUUCGAAAGGCUCAUAAACAGAUUCAUAAACACAAAACAAAAUACAUUAUAUUAUUAACACUAAAACUGAUUAGAAUUGUGUUUCAAAACUAAGUAAAGCAUAACUAAACCUGAAAGUUUCUGCAUCUAUAAUAGUUUCUACUAAUAGCUCUUUUGGAAUAACCUCGAUUCGGAUAAAAUUACUGUUUCUAUUCUGUUUCGGCAUACUUUAGCAUCUCUUAAAAUGUUCUGGUGGUAAAGUUUCCAGAGAUCAACAUUCUAGAUUGCAUCAAUAAAAUCCAGUUUAAAAGAUUAGAGUCUAGCUCUCACAGUAUUGUCCUUCCAGAUGAAUCCUCUAAGCUGUUUCUAUUCCUGACAGAAAGGUGCUUUAUCAACCGUGCCCAUCGGAUUCCUGUACGCCUCGACUGCGGCAGCUGUAUUUACAGAUGACAUCAUCCACAGAGAUAGACUCGCAAACACCAAUCUGGCUCCCUGUCCGUCCAACUCUGUUUGACAACACAAUGUUUGCUUGUUGGUUGAUUUUAAAUUGAAGGCGUGCGCCUGGAGGAUACUCCCUUGAGGACUUGGAGUAAAGGGUAGCUGACAAACACAAAGCCAACAGCGCCAGUAUCCCAGACAGAGACAAGAGAGCCAAGUCUCAGUGCCAAAGAGGGACGGGUCACAGGGCUGUGUUGAUGUGCAGGGGGCUGUCAUGACCUCCCUAUCAUGGUGUCAGAUAACAGCUUCUGCAGACAGAAGAGGACUAAAACAGAUGGAAACGUAUGCAUGGAUACCUACUCACUCCUCUACAGUUCCUCACACAGAACCGGACUCCUCUCUGGCUUCCAGCGUUUGCGGGACCAGAAGAAGAUGUGCGAUGUCGUCUUGGAAGCAGGCGAUGUUUCCUUCCCGUGUCAUCGCAGUCUGUUAGCGAGCUCCAGUGACUACUUCUGGGCCCUUUUUGGAGAGACAACCGCAGAGAGAUCAGCAGACUCCAUCAGGCUCCCGGCGCUGACGCCUGAGGGUUUGGAAGCCAUUUUGGAUUUCUUAUACUCAGGGUGGUUGAGCAUUUCUUCCUCCACACUUCCUGUUGUCGUGGAAGCAGCCCGGUACCUCCAGGUAGAGGCGGCGCUGUCAAUAUGCGAGCGAUUUAUGGCGGAUGGCUUAACUGCAGAUAAUUGCUGCUACUAUGCUAAUCUGGCUGAGCAACACUUCCUCUUGAAUGCACUUGAGGCUGCAAAUCAAACCAUUGCCAAGAAGAUGGCGGUUCUGCUGCAGAAAAGCAGGGUUGAUCUCCUUGGGUUGAACUUUCCGUCGCUGAUGGCGGUGCUACAUGCAGAUGAGAUACCUGGGGCCAAGGAGGUGGAUCUCAUAAGACUCUCUCUAGACUGGCUGGAUGAAAAUGGGCCCCUUCCUCUGCUAAAGUCAAACCUUCUGCUGAGUCGUCUACGUUUUGGAUUGGUUGCGCCUUCAGACCUUUCUGACCUUUGCCACGGAAACAGGGCCAUGGCCACUCCUCUGAUCAGAAGUCAGCUGACUCGGGCUCUUGAGUACCAUCAUAUGGGUUCAACUCAGCCAAUAGCACAAAGCAGGCAGUCAACCCUUAGAGGAUCACCCAAUAGUGUGCUUCUUGUUGGUGGUGGGGUUAGCCCUGAUUGGCCAGAACAACAAGUGCUAUCGUUCGACACCAGUAGCAGGAAGUUUUCAUUGCCAGGUUUUGUUCUACCUCUGAGACUCAGAAAUCCCUGCGUCUGUUCGGUGGGAGGUUUUCUCUUCGUGAUUGGCGGUGAAGACAUGAAAAAUAGCAAUGAGAAGUCUGUCACUGUGUCUACCUCAAGCCAAGCCUGGAGGUAUGAUCCACGCUUCAACCACUGGAAGAAGAUGGAGUCCAUGCUGGAGAGGCGGGUGCAGUUCACCUGCUGUGUGGUGGAAGACGUCAUUUAUGCUAUUGGGGGACGACAGUCAAAUCUGGACUCCAUGACAUACACUUCUUUAGCUUCUGCUGAGUAUUGCGACAUGGCUUCAGGAGCAUGGAGGAGAGCUGCAGCGAUGCCUUGCCCUCUUCACGGCCACGCAUCUACCGUGCUUGACAAGAACAUCUAUGUGUCAGGAGGACUCCCUGCCCACCAGUGCGGCAUCCAUGGCAGUAACCAGGAUGUAAACAGGGAAAUAAGUAGGGAAUGCCUCUCUUGGGACCUGACGGCCACAGUCUGGGAAAAGAGGGCAUCCAUGUCCAUCCCAAGGUUUGGUCACCGAUUGGCAACUGCCCACGGCUACAUUUACGCCCUGCUGGGGAUGUACGAGCAAUUUUGUGACAUAGAACGAUACGACCCGCAGUCGAACCACUGGACCCGCCUCAAACCACUUGCAAACGGCUUGUUCAGCUACGGGAUGUUAACCCUAGCAUGUGGGAAUCUGCUGGUAUUCGGCGGGAGGAGGUGGAGCGACGGACAGCAGGUGACUGUAAGGAACGUGCUGGAGUACGAUACGAAGAAAGAUCAGUGGAAAGAAAUCGCCCAGCUUCCGAGACCUCUGACUGGCACUGAGUGCACUCUGCUGCCUCUGCCGGACUAGUAGACCCAAUUUAACAUCUAUAAAAAAGUAGCGCCUUUAGAAUAACUGUUUAAUAAUCACAUUCAAUUGCCAUGAAGAAAAAAUAAAAAACUGUUGCUGAAAGCUUUAAUGCCAGUUGUAGAAAUGAGUUGUCUGAGAUAAAAAUUUGAUUAACGCUCAACACAUUUUCUUUCCGCCUUAAAGCUGCAGUAAGUAACGAGUCUUAGCGCUGUCAAUCAACACUGGAUACUCGCUGCUAAAUGUGCUAAUGGCAGAGA